CGCAUCCCCAACCAGUUUCUGUUUUUCCACCGCUCUCUAUAUAAACCCCAAACCCUCUCCUGAAAUCUUCGUUCUUUCUCCUAGCUUCUCGUCUUCAAUUCUUCAUACCCAUGUCCAUGGAUCUCCAGUUGCAACUUGAACUCCCCACUCGCCGGCCGCCGCUGAUUCGGGUCCGCAUGCCGGAUUCCUCCGACACCACAGGCGACGCCGGCUGCCCUGUUGAUAACAACCGUCGAUCUGCAGAUUCCGACGCAACCGGCGACAACGGCUGCGUAAUUGAAAGCAAUCUCCAAACUGCAGAGGAUUCUGACGAGUCGUCGUGCCGAACGCCGACUUCCGAGGAACACAAAAUUCCGGCGAUCCUGAGCUGCCCGCCGGCGCCUCGGAAGCAGAAGGCGGUGCUCUCGUGCAAGAGGAGAAUGUCGUGGGAGCCGGAAUUCCGUCAGAUCGUGCCAGCAGAAGAGCUGGAGGAUUUCUUCCGAUCGAGCUUCGAGGCUGUCGCCGGCGCUAAGAGACGGUGUACCUGUAUUUGAAUUCGGCGGUAUUUAAUUUGCUUGUCCGCGCUUCAAUCUCCUCCAAUUUGAUUUUUUUUAUACGAAUAUAGCAUUUAAAUUAAGACUCCUCAACUGAGGUUGGCGAAUUAAUCAGAAGUGUAUGUCAUCUUCGUAUCCCCAAUUUGAUUCGGAUACGGGUGAAUUACGAUGUCCAGAAUUCUGGACGAUUUGAAUCUGUAGCAUAAGUAUACAAUUCAUAUAUAUCAAUAGAUUCUAACUGGUGUUGAAGGUGAAA